AAUGUCUUUUGUGUAAAAUCUCAAAGGGCGCUUUCGUCAUUUCGUUUUCAAGACGCACUCUGAAUUCGUGGCCACAAAAGAUCUCCAACUUGCCGUUCACAAUGUCAUAGAUACUUUCGUCUCCGAACAACCUCAACGCCACACGCACACGCUACUAUUCCGCCGGAGACAACUAUCGCCACACAUUAAUUCCACUUUAUGGCCACUGGAACCAGCGCCAACGUGCCGACGCCUCACGUUAUUGGCUCCACCGUCGUCGAGCUUUCCAGAAACAGCCGCACCUUAGCUCCGUCGCCGCUGGUUCGUAUUUCCUGUAAGAACAGCAGCAACAAUGGACUUUCAAUUCGAAGCAGCCACAUCCGUCAAUCUUCAUCCAAAGCCUUCCUCGAGGGACCUUCCUGCUUAUUCGUCGGUCCGAUCGAAAGCGCCAGUCAGGAAACCCUAGAAGCUCUCUAUCGUCAAGCGCGGGAUGCGUACUAUAGUGGAAAACCAUUGAUAGUUGAUGACAUGUUUGAUAGAGUAGAGUUGAAGUUACGGUGGUAUGGAUCAAAGUACGUUGUGAAGUAUCCACGUUGCAGUUUAAGGCAACACUCAACUUAUGCUGAUGCUGAGGAAGAUCCUUCUCAGGUUUUUGCAUUAGCAAGUGUGUGGUUAUUGUUUCUUGGAUUUGGAAGCUCUGCGUGUCUAGUGCCUGUAGUUUACACUUUUGGCCAAGCUUUUAAAGAUGCCAUAGAUUCAGGAUUGUCUACCAGUAGUCAAGCUCUUGAGUUGAUUGCCAUGAUGAAUGGCAUGCUUGUAAUGAUGCUGGGAUCCAUGAUUGGCUAUCCAGUUGCUUCAGCUGCUGUUGGAGCUCUUAAAGGCCUUUGGAAAAAUGACUUGGUGGCGAUAAAAGGGGCAUGCCCAAAUUGUGGGGAGGAGGUAUUUGCAUUUGUGAAAUCGAAUCAAUUUAGUAAUUCCCCACAUAAAGCUGAAUGUCAUGUAUGUGAAUGCUUAUUAGAAUUUCGCACAAAAGUCGAGAAAUCAAUUGCAAGCCCAGGGAAGAGAUGGGUUUAUGGUCGAAUAUAUUUGAUCAGAAGAAGACGAACAAACAGAGGACAAAGAUGGACUUGAUGAUAUAAAUGAUUUUUGCAUAUCAGAUCAUUCUUAUUUUUAGACAAAGAUCUCAAGCAAGUAUAGCAACAAAUUUGUAAAAUGUGAAUUGUAGCUAUUAUUAUAUGAACU